GAAAUUAUACAAUGAUAAAAAUUAGUUGAUUCACAAAGUCACUUAUUCUUAUUUGCCCCUCAAAAAGUGCUAAUUACAAAGGGCUAGAAUUCCACUUUAAAAUUAAUGUACGCUUAGAUAUUAAAUAGAACCUGUAAUAAAAGUAACAUCAUUUUAUAGCUUGAAUAAGCCUUCGUUUGCCUCCUCUCUAUAUUACUACGUUCAUGACUACGAAGUCGUCUGUCCUCAUUUCUUGGUGGGAGAGGGGAGAGAGAUAACUAACAUGGCGACCUGCUGAUACAAAAAGGCUGGAAGAGCGAACGGCCUUUUAUCAAAAGGCUUAGAAAUAAAUCUACAAGUCGGUUUUAAAACCUGAGGAAGGAAACAAAGUUACAAUGCCUGUGGUACCUGGUGGAGGUUACCAACAGCAGGGCCCAUCAUGUUUCGAAAGGAUGAAACUAGGCUUCAUGAUCGGUUUCUGCGUAGGCAUGGCCUCAGGUGCACUGUUUGGCGGUUUCUCUGCUCUUAGGUACGGCAUAAGAGGGAGAGAAUUGGUUAACAGUGUGGGAAAAGUAAUGCUCCAAGGUGGAGGAACCUUUGGAACCUUUAUGGCAAUUGGUACCGGUAUACGGUGCUAGUUGUUUUCCCUAUCCAAAACUUUUCCUUAGGCGAGUGGUUGGUUGUAGUACCAAUGGUGUAUUGUUAAUUUCUUAAAGAAAAAAUCUUAUAGUAACAAGACAUACCUUCUGAAGCGACGACUGUUGUGUCAUCCAUCGGAUUUGUCUUGCCUGGAAUAUUCAGGCCAAAACUAAGAUGUCGAAUCUUGUGGGUCAUGUUAAAUUGGUAUGACGAGUAUGGCUGAACGUCGUGUACUGAAAGUAUUAUGUUUGUUAUGCUAAAAAUUCAUAAAUAAAUAUUUGUCAUAUGCAAAUGAAGUACUACAUGCUA